UACCGCACAGGUGCAACCCCCGGCCGUCCGGUCUCCGUCCCGCCUGUCUAUAAAUACGCAAUACCCUCCUGCCUCUCUCCCUCCCCCUCCUCCUAGCUUCAUUCCCUCCCCGCUCCAACUAUCGGAUCGAUCGUGUCAGCAGCAGCAAUGGCGCCAUUUGCGACGCCGAUGAGGUCGGCGUCCCUGCAGCUCUCUGCUCUCCUCUGCAUCCUCCUCUGCUCAGAGGUCUGGGUGCUGCAAUGCGGCGCGGCGAUCGGCAUCAACUACGGGCAGGUGGGCAACAACCUGCCGACGCCGGCGCAGGUGGUGUCGCUGCUGUCGUCGCUGCGGGUCGGCAAGGUGCGCAUCUACGACGUCAACCCGCAGGUGCUGGCGGCGUUCGCCGGCACGGGCAUCGAGCUCAUCGUCACCGUGCCCAACGACCUGGUGCAGCCCAUGGCCGCCAGCGCCGGCCAGGCCAUGCAGUGGGCCACCGCCAACAUCAAGCCCUACUUCCCGGCCACGCGCGUCACGGGCAUCGCCGUCGGGAACGAGGUCUUCACCGACGACGACGAGGCGCUCAAGGCCAGCCUCGUCCCGGCGAUGCGCAACCUGCACGCCGCGCUGGCCCAGCUGGGCAUGGACGGGUACGUGCACGUCUCCACGGCCAGCUCCCUCGGCGUGCUGGCCAACUCGUACCCGCCGUCGCAGGGCGCCUUCACGCCGGAGUGCGCCCCCCUCAUGCUCCCCUUCCUCCGCUUCCUCGCCGAGACCAACGCCCCCUUCUGGAUCAACGCCUACCCCUACUUCGCCUACAAGGCCGACCCAGCAAACGUGUCCCUGUCCUACGCGCUGUCGGACCCGUACCACGUCGGCGCGGUGGACCCCUACACCCACCUGCAGUACACGAGCAUGCUGUACGCGCAGGUGGACGCGGUGACCUUCGCGGCGGCGCGGCUGGGCUACGGCGGCAUCCCGGUGUUCGUGUCGGAGACGGGGUGGCCGUCCAAGGGCGACGCCGACGAGGUGGGCGCGACGGUGGAGAACGCCCGCGCGUACAACCGGAACCUGCUGGUGCGGCAGGUGGGCAACGAGGGCACGCCGCUGCGCCCCCGCCAGCGCCUCGAGGUCUACCUCUUCGCGCUCUUCAACGAGGACAUGAAGCCCGGCCCGACCUCCGAGAGGAACUAUGGCCUCUACCAGCCCGACGGCCGGAUGGUCUACAACGUCGGCCUCGCGCAGCAGCAGACCACGUCGGCGGCGUCCCUCUCCCUCGCCGCCUCCUCCGCGCCUCCCACCAGGGAUGUUGGGAAGGACUUGACCUGCCUGUGCAUCCUCUCAGCUCUGGCCAUCCUGCUCACCUCCCAGGCUUUCUUACUGGGAUAGCAAAAGCACCCAGGAGCGCGGCCAUAUGCAUGCAAGCAAAAUGGCCUUGACUUUUGUGGACCAAAAGCCUUGCAGACCAAAGGGCAGAGAUGGUGCACCAUUUGAAGGAGGCAAAAGGAAAGCAUGUAUGGUGUAGGCCAGAGAAAAAGCUUCUCUUUGCGAUGUGGAAGGCACUACCUCUGCCCUCGUGGGGUGUGGUGGGCUUGUGGACGGCACAGCGUGUAAAUAUUGCGAGGCAAAGGUCCCGUUUUGUGACGCGCGCACACAUGGGAUUCCGGGAGAUAUGCGGGGAAGAUGGAGAGAAAGGGUGGCCGAUGCUGCGGGAUUCGCUUUUCAGCGCCGAGGCUGAUUUAUGCCCCCUUUGUGCCAUGUCAAGCUGCGGUGGUGUGAGGCUCGUGCUCGUGUAUAUAUAUGGUUUAUGAUCCGAUUAUUAUUAUAUAUAUUCUUUUAUUUGUUCUAGGCUCGGAGUCCCUGCGGCUGGUGAUGAUCAGUUGGUAUGCGGGCUCUGGGCGUUGAUGUAAAUAACUGCAAAAUUUAUCAGAGUAUAUUAUGAUUCUCGCUGCAAUUA